AUGUCUGCGCUAACCAACCCCCAGUGGAAGGACGCCCAAAUUUUCCGCUCUACUUUCACGUUCAAGGGCGAAGUCGCUGCUGGGGUAGACGGGACUGUCUCCCACUGGAAAAAACGCACCACUGGCCACUCCGUCGCCGUCAAGACCGCCAAUUCCGGCCGCUCGACGAUUCUGCAAAAGGAAAUCGCAGUCCUCAAAAAGGUACCUCCUUACGAACACAUAGUGUCCCUCCUAACCCACUUCCAGGAGUGGCAGCCUGUUGGCCCGGCGCUCGUAUUCGAGCUUGCAGAAUAUGGGGACAUGAUAUCGUAUCGAAAGGCUCUAAGAAUGCAAGAGGGCGGAGAUGGAGUACCAGAAAUGACGCUGUGGAAGUUCCUUCGCGACAUGAGUCUAGGGUUGGACUGGUUGCAUAACCGCAUUGGUGAGCCACACGUCCACGGUGAUUUGAAGCCCGAUAAUGUUCUCGUCUUCUCGCCGCCUGGGUGGCAAAGUCAGGACGUUCCACUGCUGCCUACGUUCAGGAUCUGUGAUGUUAGUAGGCUCUUGCCGCUCAGCGAGAACGGAACAUUUCGCGGGACCUAUGAGUUUGGACCUCCAUUCGCAGAGCGGCGCGUCAAACAAACGCCAUGUGGUGAUGUGUACUCGAUUGGAGCGUCGAUGCAGUGGUUCGCACUGGGUAUCUUACCCGUCAUGUCAAACGCCGAGUUCAUCAAGAUGAAGAAACUAGAGGGUGGAGCUAUUCCUUCUCUGCAUGACUUGAAGCACAACGAGGCGUGGCGUGCUGAACUUCCUCCAGAGUAUCGGCCGCUGGAUGCUUCCAUUGACUUUCAGAAGCAUAAUAUGAAGCUUGAGAGGCCGGUGCCACCUUGUUCUCACGAGCUCAACAAGUGGUAUGACAAGAUAAUAGACGUAAAACUUGAGAAGCGCAUCUCUUCUCGAUUGUUGGCAAAAAAGGUUCGUUCCGCUGGCGGAUAUCCAUAUCGAGACGGCGAUUCGGAAGCGUUGUUAUGA